AUGAAGAAAGUAGAUCUUGUAGAAUUGCCCAAUCUAAGGAGUGUUUCUCUAGGAGACAUUGUUGAAUGGAAAUCCUUGGAGAAUGUUCUAUCCAAUCCUACAAGUGAAGCGUCUCUUAAUUGGCUACCAAUGCCUGCGUUGGAAAAAAUUAUGAUCGUUGAAGAAGUAGAGGGAAUAAGAGAGAAGUUCAUCUUCCCUGAAUUAAAGGAUGCUCAUGUGAAGUAA